AUCAACAUAGCUCGUUUUGUUUUUGUUUGCUAACUACGAAAAAAAUUUAUUUAUAACAAUGCCAGUUCAAUUAAUUGGAAAAGUUAGUCCUUAUACUGGAAAAUUGUUAUUUGAAUUACUUAACAAUUUGAAAAAUUAUGGAAUAGGACGAGUGGUUGUAAGAAAUAGCUAUCGACAGUUUCCAGAAAUAUCAUUUUAUGUCAUUAGGAAAGUUGUACCGAUGAGAGAAACAAUUGGUCCCGGACCUGAUGAACUGGUAUAUGGAAAUGUGUGGGUAGAUGAAGUUUAUCGUGGCAGAAAAUUGGAAGGUCUGAAACUGUUACAGGAUCCAACAUAUUUACCAGACUUUCACUUAAUUCCCAGAGAAGAAGAGGGCAAAUAUCUAAAUUAUAAACCUCAGGAUAUUACAAAAAUAUUACCCAAAUAUGGUGAACUACCACCUGUGCUUGCAGCAUUAGAAAAGGCAAAGAACCCAAACAGCAAUGAAACUCCGAAAAUGGAAUUAGUGUAUCAAAACUUAUCCGAACAAUUUGCUUACAAAAUUGCAGAAGAUGGUAUGGUUCCUGAUCACAAAUUAAAAGUGAAACUUCCAGACUGGUUUAGAGUUGGUAUUAAAGAUCCUUCUCAGAAAUGAAAUUUUUUUAGUGUAAAUUUUAAUGUAUUAGUAGAGAUUCAGAAUAAAUGUUACUUAAAUUAAUCAUUUUUUAAAUCUUCCCUAUG